UCUCUUUUCUUCAUCACCCUCUUCCUCCUUCUUCUCCUCCUCCUCCUCCUCCUCCUCCCUCUCUUCAAUCCUUCUCCUCAUCCCCUUAACCAGAGAGCACCAGACACAGAGAGUACCACAUCUCUCUCUCUCUUUCUCAACCAUUUAAGUCUUUUGUGUGUGUUUUUGAGAGUGUCUAGCUCUUUAAUUUCCUAUAUAUAUAUAUAUAUAUAUAUACAUCCCUUUCUUAUCUUCUCUUCUCUUCUCUGUCCUCUCUCUCUCUACCUCUCUAAUAUAACUGUGUUUGUUUGUGUGUGUGUGUGAGUGAGUGAGUGAUCAUAAGUCUCUCUCUUUAAGUCUUGUGUGUGAGCGUGCGCGUGACUGUGAGAGUGUGUGAGUGAGAGAGAGAGAGAGAGAGAGAGAGAAAGAAGGAGAGCAUAGGGGUCUUUCUCUAAAGCAAAGUCCUGAUCUUUUCCUCUCUAUAUCUUCUCUUCUUUGUGAUUUCUUAAUGAUCCACUGAUCCUAUAUAUAUAUAUAUAUACACAUGGAGAUACACACAUAGAAAGAGUGAGAAGAGUGAGAAGAGAGAAAAGAGAUCAAUGGAUUCAGGGAAUAGUGGAAGCUUACAAUCAUCUAGUGGAGGAGAUGAAGAGUAUGACUCACUCAUACCCUCCUCCACCGCCGCCUGCGCCACCAUCUCCACCACCACCACCACCCAUCACCACCAUCAUCCUCAUCCUCCUCCUCAUUCUUCUCUCUAUGACACCCUCUCAUACUAUGACUCCUUUCCACGUUCUCCACCCAAUCCAUUCCUCCACUUAGAAACCCCCUGGUCUCGUACUCCUUCCGCCACCGACAUCACCGGCCUUCUUCCCACCUCCACUUCCACCACUACCAACACCACCAACCCUUUCUCCCUCACCACCCCUUCCAAACCUUCAUCGGCACCACCUGAACCUCCUCCUCCUCCUCCUCCUCCUCCUCCUCCUCGCAACUCCAAGAAGCGUUCUCGCGCCUCUCGCCGUGCUCCGACCACUGUACUCACCACCGACACGUCCAACUUCCGUGCCAUGGUCCAAGAGUUCACCGGCAUACCUACUUCUCCUUUCGCCACUCCUUCCUCUUCUUCCUCCUUCCCCCGCUCUCGUCUUGACAUCUUCUCCGGCCGCUCCUCCUUCAACGACUCACUCCUCUCUCCCCCUCCUUAUCUUCUCCGCCCAUUCCCUCAAAAGCUCCAACCUUCAUCUUCCUUCCCUCCUUUAUCCUCUUCAUCUUCUUCCUCUUCUUCUAGUCUUAGUGUCACUGCUUCUACUCUUAAUGCAACCACCAUUGCUAGACCUAGUUCUUCUUGCACCACUAAUCCAAACCCAACCAAUAACUUCCAACUCCCUCAUGAUCAUCAUCAUCAUCAUCAUCAUCAUCUUGGUCUUACCAUGCAAAACCAAAUGUUCACCUUCCAAUCACUUCUCCAACCUCCAAUCAACUCUUUGUCCAACAUCCCGGCUUUCACCGAUAAGUCUCGUUCCAACGAUCAUCAUCAUCAUCAAGCUAUCCCUGACUUGGGUGCUGGCAAUUUAGAUCAUGGAGAUGUUAAUAACCUCACCGGUAACCUAUCUAGUCUUGUUGGCAGUGCUGAAGGUGGUGAUUGCAAGAUAAACUUCUAGUCAGAGUUGAAGGUAUGAUAUGCAUGGAUAUAUUCAAUGUUUUCAUCAAGAAGUCAAUUUUAUAUUGUCAAGAAGACACAAGAAGUUUAUUACUAGCUUCUUCUUCUUCUUCUUCUUCUUCUUUCUUUCUUUUGCCUUUUGUUAAUUAGUUCAUCAACAUCAUCAGUUUCAGUAUAUAUAUACAUCAAUCUGUUUCCUUUUCAAUGUCUAUGUGAAUAGGGUUUUUGCUCUAUAUAUGCUCUCUCUUUCUCUC